AAGAACAAGGUUGUUUAUACGAAAAACGAGCUGAAUUUUUAGUCACAAUUUUUACACGAUAUUACUUUUACAUUAAAUCCAAAUUUCUCCAGAAACUUACAAUUGAAAAAUGGACGGCCUUCAGUAUCCAGCCAGCGAAGAUCCGUGUCGCCUGUGCCUGAAGAAAUGUGCUCAAAUCACGUACGACGGCGGAGGCAUGUACGUAAAUUCCCAGGACGGGCUAUUGCGGGAACUACCACGUAAGAUCUUGGAGUGUAUCGCCCUGGAGGUCAGCGACAAUGAACCGCAGCUUUUCUCCAAGCUUGUGUGCGGAGAGUGCAUCUGUAAGCUGGACUAUUUCCACGAGUUUCGGGAAAAUUGUCGCAAAUGUCAAAGCUUUUUUCAAGAAAUGCUAGCUUUCUAUCAGGCGGAAGCUGCUGUCAGUCAGCAACAAUCUCAGGACGUUCACAGCCAGAUGCUACAGGAGAUCAGUCUGUCCGGAAGUGAUUUUCUAGAUGGCUCCAACAAGGACUAUGAGUUCAUUAUUGAAAGUUUCGAAAAGGAAGAUAUUUCUUUCAAUUCGAAUGCUGAAGCAUUACAGCUCAAAAAAGAAUUAGAAAUGACCAUUCAACAGAAUCAGAUUCAUCAUCAUGGAAAAUUUAUUGACAUGCGUGCAGAGGAUCAUCUGGGGGAACCCGGGACAGCUAGCGGUGUAAUACCACCCAGUGAGGAAACCUGUUUCAACAACUUAGACGCAAUCGCCGAAUCAAUAGCGCAACACGAGGGCGGCUUCGAACAGUCGGAAGUUCAAGCUGCACAGGACGAUUUGGACUACGAUGAUUUCGUCGGCAUCGAAACGGCCGUGCGGACUUCCAUUUCAGAAAUUCAGAUCCAUCAAAUGAUAAGUGAACAAAAUUACUCAACUGCCGGGGAGAUCCACAUUGACCAUCCAACAGAAGCUUCCUCAAACACAGCGCUUGAGUCAGCUUUGGAUGAAAGCAUAACGCUACAUGAGCUCCAGCCAACUAGUUCUAUUUCUAUUGAACAGCAUCAAAAUCUUGAACAAGACACAACGACAAAACCACACUCGCCAUUCGCGCCAGCGCCAAGUUUUGAGGCUGAUCAGAAUCAUGAACAAGAACCCGUUUAUGUUCCCGUACCUGAAUUUGGACAAGAUACCCCACAGCCUCUGCUCUCUCCUUCGCCUCCACUAAGUAAUCACGCUGAAGAAGAAAUUCCAGGACCGGAUAUAACCCCUAAAAACUCUCCAACUGUGAACGAACAGCCAAAACUCCAGCUUCUCGACAAUAAAACAUGUGAUAUCUGCGGAAAGGUGUGUCCUAGUCAGUCGAAACUCAAAAUCCACCGCAAUACUCAUUUGAACAUAACACCCUUUUCAUGUCCCAUGGAAAAUUGCCAGAAGGCUUUUAAAUCUAAGAAAGGCCUGGACGAACACGUAGCCAAACACACCGGAGAAUUUUCCAUAGCCUGUGAUAUAUGCGGAAAAGGGUUCCUAAACCAAAGCUACCUAACGGCUCACCUAAGAAUACAUACGGAGGAAAAAACUUUUCGUUGCAACAUCUGCAAACAGGCUACAUUCAAAUCGAAGCGAGCCCUCAUCGAUCAUCGCAAUCGCCACCUGGGUUUGAAACCGUUCGAGUGUGGACAGUGUGGGAAACAGUUCACCAAUCGCUAUCUUCAGCAACAGCACGAACAAACGGUUCACUCUGGAGCACGUUGGCCGUGUCCGGAUUGUGGAAAGUAUUUCACUUGCAAAAGCUACAUGAAAGUUCACCAACGAUCUCACACCAACGAUAAGCCGUUUGUGUGCAAGGUCUGCGACAGAGGACACACCACGCUGAGAGCUCUGGAGGUUCAUAUGACGAUGCACACCGGCCAGAAGGACUAUGUCUGUGACAUUUGUGGGCAUCAAUUUGCCCGUAGCAAUGCCUUGUCCCAUCAUCGAAAGACCCACACAAAUCCGGGAUCAUCCAAAGUAAUGUCGACUUCGAAGGCUUCGCAACAGUGACAGUGGAACGCAGAAAGUUACAGUUUAUAAUUUUCAGUGAUUUUUGUUAAGUAAACAUUGUGAUAGGAUUCUAUAAGACUUGUACUGCUAGCUUCAACUGAUUAAAAUCAAGACUCUAGGGUUAGAAUUAAGAUUAGAAAAUAUAACGCAUGAAUGGUCAAAAAGAA